AUGUCGAGUCCCCUCACUGGAGGCCAGGUCUGCCACCCUACUCUGGACACAGUUGAUCUGGUGGACCGGCAUGAGGGGCAAGCAGGUACCAGGGCCCUCGAGGAGGGGGGCACGGACCCCUGGGCCCUCCCACAGCUGAAGGAUAGUAGCCAGUCCUGGAGAGAGCUCACUGUGGCUGGCAGAGUGCGCCGGGUCGCUGUGGGCUUCCUCAAGACCUGUGGUCUCCUGGGCAACCUGUAUUUCUUCAUCUGCUCCCUGGACAUCCUCAGCUCUGCCUUCCAGCUGCUGGGCAGCAAAGUGACAGGAGACAUCUUCAAAGACAACUUGGUGCUAGCCAACCCUGUGGCUGGCUUGGUCAUUGGCGUGCUGGUCACGAUCCUGGUGCAGAGCUCCAGCACGUCCUCGUCCAUCGUGGUCAGCAUGGUAGCCUCCAAGUUGUUGACCGUCCAUGCAUCAGUGCCCAUCAUCAUGGGCGUCAACGUAGGCACAUCUGUGACCAGCACCUUGGUCUCCAUGGCACAGUCAGGGGACCGAGAUGAGUUUCGCAGGGCCUUUGGUGGCUCAGCCUUGCAUGGCCUUUUCAACUGGCUCACUGUGCUGGUCCUGCUGCCCCUGGAGAGUGCAGUGGCCCCUCUGGAGAGGCUCAGCGCACUGGCUCUGAGUGCUGCCAUCCUGCAGCCAGGGGCACAAGCCCCCGACAUCCUCAAGGUGCUAACAGAGCCUCUCACACACCUCAUCAUUCAGCUGGACAAGGACCUGCUUACAAGCAGCGCCACAGGGAACGUCACCAACAGCAGCCUCAUUAAGCAGUGGUGUGGCACCAGGUCACAUGUGCCCGAGGACAGCAAUACCUGUGACACCGCUGGAUGCCCCCAGAGGAACAGCACAGCCCCUGAUGACAGGCUGCUCUGCCACCACCUGUUUGUGGGCACAACACUCACGGACCUAGCUGUGGGUUUCAUCCUCCUGGCUGGCUCCCUGCUCGUGCUCUGCACCUGCCUGGUCCUCAUUGUGAAGCUGCUCAACUCGGUGCUGCGGGGCCGCAUUGCCCAGGCCGUGCGGACCAUUAUCAAUGCUGACUUCCCCUUCCCAUUUGGCUGGCUCAGUGGCUACCUGGCUAUUCUGGUGGCGGCAGGCCUGACCUUCGUGGCUCAGAGCAGCAGUGUCUUUACGGCUGCCAUCGUGCCCCUGAUGGGAGUUGGCGUGAUCACCAUGGAGCGGGCCUACCCUUUGUUCCUGGGCGCCAACAUCGGCACUACCACCACGGCCUUGCUGGCUGCACUGGCCAGCCCAUCAGACAUGCUGCUCAGUGCCCUCCAGGUGGCCCUCAUCCACCUCUUCUUCAACCUGGCGGGCAUCCUGCUGUGGUAUGUUGUGCCGGCGCUCCGGCUGCCCAUCCCGAUGUCCAAGCGCUUUGGAGACCUGACCGCCCGCUACCGCUGGGUGGCCAUCGCCUACUUGUUGCUCAGCUUCCUUCUGUUGCCCCUGGCAGCCUUCGGGCUCUCCCUGGCGGGCAGCACGGUGCUGGCUGCAGUCGCAGGGCCCCUGGUGGGGCUGCUGCUCUUGGUCCUGCUGAUUAACAUGCUGCAGAGACACAGGCCGGCCUGGCUGCCCCGUAGGCUGCGGUCCUGGGCCUGGCUGCCCUACAGCCUACGCUCACUGGAGCCCUGGGACCGCCUGGUCACCCGAUGCUGUCCGUGUCAGGCCUGCCGCAGCCCUCACCCUGACAGCAAGGAGGCCCACUGCUAUGAGAACCCUGAGGUCCUGGUCUCCCAGCAUCUGUGA